GUGCUGUAUACGAGUUGUCUGGAGAAUAGUGUAUGAGAGAGUACUUAAGCUUGGUACCGGUGAAAUUGACGCGGCACUGACACAUUGCGCUCUCAACGUCCAGAGUCUUGUUCUUGUGUAGUUUCAUUUCCCCAAGGCCAAAUUGACCUUACUUACCUCAUCGAAUCACGAUGGUCACCCCUCCUCAUACACCACGAUCAUAGAAGUCACAAAUGCUGCCGCCAGAUACAGCUGUAUUCGCUCGUCAUACGUCACAAGCGGAUUACCGCACGGGGGAUCUGAAACUAGGUCGCAUUGCUGUUCUCGCUGAUUUGGGAAGGUAUCUGCAGGUUCCGUUCGAUUGUCUAGUGAAAUGUGUCGGUGCCAUGCCCUCUCAGCAGGAUCUGCAGCGAAUACGCAACAACUUGACCAACAAAGAGAGCAAGAUUCUCACCGACGACGAGAGUGGCCUGCGAUGGACGGACUUUACCCCACCUGCCAAAUCGAAAGGGUCCGAAGAGAAUGUGUUUAAGCCCCUCGGUCGCAUCAUCUCCGAAAUUUUGGCAGAAGUCCCGAAUCGCAGAAUAUCCUUCCUAGCGAACCCAAACGGAACACCCCUCUCGCAGCGCAACAAUACUUCCAGGCCUGAUGGAUACCUUGUACUUAGCGAUAAACAAACUGAGGCCAAGAUGCAUUGGUUCGACAUUGCUAUACCAUUCGAGUUCAAGAAGGAACAGGAUACCGAGUCUCUCCGAGACAAGAUAAUCUGGAGCCUUCACAGUAUCAUGCGGGAGGAUCCCUGUAGGCGGUUUGCAUUCGGUAUCACAAUCGAGGACAUGCAAUUAAGACUGUGGCUCAGUAACCGUGCGUGCCUCGCAGUUACAGAACCUAUCGACUUUUUUCAGAACAUCGACAGUGUUAUCUCUCUCUUUUACGCUCUUGGAUCUGCGUCUGCGUCUUCUACUAUGAAUGAGCUCGGAUGGGACCCCACCGUCGAGCGGAUCCGUGACGGGAAGAAAAUCCAAUAUGAAUUCAUUAUUGGGGACGAAGUAUUCACCACGACGCGUGAACUUGCAACCUAUGGCGCAGACUCUAUGGUUGGGCGUGGAACUCGCGUGUACGAAGCCACGGACGCCGGGGGGGAGAAGGUUGCCAUUAAAGAUUCAUGGAGAGAAGUUGAACGUCAAUCAGAGGGCGAGAUCCUAGAAAGCAUCCUGGCUUCCUGUGCGGAGAAGCUGCAAGCGGAGGAGUUGGCGGAUGCCAAGAGGUACUUUGUUGGAAUCCGACUUUGGAAGGAUGUCAUAAUCGACGAUACCCCAGACGUGACGCUGGACCCGCUGGUUGGAGAAGAGCAUAAUCGUAGCUGGAAGUGGGUGUCCAUCGAUCUCCAGCCCAUCCUCUCCGCAAGACCACAUUUACCUAGCGCAGGCGAUAUACCCGACUCUGGACGACUGUCUGCCUUUCUUCCCACACAAUUGGGCGGUAUUGCGCGAAAUGACACCGGCAUCCCACGCAGAGUCCAUACUCGCACUGUCUUCGAUGAUGUUGGAGUCGCUGUCAAGGAUGUCACCUCUUUGGCCGACAACCUGACUUGCUUGUCCGACGGACUUAAGGCCCUGUAUUAUAUGCACAAAGCAGGCUGGAUUCAUCGCGAUUUCAGCGUCGGGAACGUAAUUUGGGUCGGGGGUAUGGGGAAAUUGGGUGACUUCGAGUACGCAAAGAAGAUAGAGUCACAAACUUCUCGCGAUGUUCGAACGGGAACAAUCCAUUUCAUGGCGGUGGAAGUAGAAAGACAGAAGUACCUUUUCCGCUCAACAACUUCUAACGUCCGACCAGUUGGUAGAAAACCUCAUGGUACAAGCCUCCCGUCCCACCCUCCAUUUCGCAUGAAUUUCCUGCAUGACAUCGAAUCCGUAUGGUGGGCUUUUACCUGGAUCUUCUUUUAUCACACGGACACGACAAACGCCAACCAUUCCCUUGAUGCACUACAUGCUCAGUGGAAAAAUUUCCAGCUGGCAUUCCCUGGUACGGUCGGCCGCCCAUCACGCCAGGAGUUCUUCUUCUUUGUUGACGAACUUCAAACCGUCUGUGAUGAUGUCCUUUCAGAGACAUGCCGUGAUGUUGGCGAUUGUAUUCCUCAUUUCGCAGGUGCUCUCCAAGAUGGUUAUCGAAAGGCGGAGGCAAAAUAUCCCCUGCUAGCGCUUGACGACACUCUUCUGAAUGAUAUCCACAGACAAGCUGCAGAAUAUCUCGAUGGUGCGCAACAGCGUGCUACUGGUAUAGAACUUUGUCCGCUCCCCAACCUUUUGAAGCAGAAGAGGCCCAGACCGAGAGAAGAAACAUCGCCUUCGCCAAAGAAGAAGCCUCGACAUGGUUGAUUUUUUUAUUGUUUGUAUCAGAAAGAACCAGCUUGGCGUCUCGUAGUUUUGACCAUGUAGUUGCCA